AGUGGUAGAAACAGCAUACACCGACAGUAAUUGCAAGGCACCCUUAAGCAACGAGACCACGUGACCAAAGCGGGGCGGUCGAACUACAAGCCAUUUUGGGGACGGUGUCAGUUUCCACUGAGCACACACACACUGCUGCAUUCUAUAGGUGGUGAGGCGAAUGUUUUGGAGGCAAAGUUAUCGGUGCCGAAGUGGGAACCUUUCCGAGCCGAAGCCGGGGCACUAGGUUCUUUUGACACCGCAUAUGGGAUACGCACACAGCGCAUAAGCAGCGAGGAAAAGAGGAGUUUUAUUCGCACAUCUGAAAUGCGCUCUGGUCCGCCGUGCGCUCUCCGCCACUGACAGCGUCUGCAGCCUGCUUCAAGAUGGCGGCUCGGCUCCUAUUCAUUUUCUGCUGAUCGCCUCCCAACUUUCAUUGUCUAUUCGCCUCAAGACCCACCGAUUCCCAGCGCAGCCUCCAGGAUUGUUUUCCCUCUCUCUCACCAUGCAUCGAACGACCCGGAUAAAGAUUACUGAGCUCAACCCUCACCUCAUGUGUGUUCUGUGUGGAGGAUAUUUCAUAGACGCAACCACCAUAAUCGAAUGUCUUCAUUCAUUCUGCAAGAUGUGCAUUGUGCGCUACCUGGAAACCAGCAAAUAUUGUCCUAUCUGUGAUGUACAAGUGCAUAAAACCAAGCCUCUGCUCAACAUUAGGUCUGACAAAACUCUGCAGGACAUUGUGUACAAGCUGGUCCCUGGCCUCUUCAAAAAUGAAAUGAAGAGGAGGAGAGACUUUUAUGCGGAGCACCCUGUAGAUGCUUCUAAUGGAUCAAAUGAGGAUCGUGGAGAGGUGGCAGACGAGGACAAGAGAAUUACUACUGAUGAUGAGAUCAUCAGCCUCUCUAUUGAGUUCUUUGAUCAGAGCAGGCUGGGAAGUGGAGUGGAGGAAAAGCAGUCUAAAGAUCAGGUGGCCAACAAGAGGUACCUGCAGUGUCCAGCAGCCAUGACAGUCAUGCAUCUGAGGAAGUUUCUGCGCAGCAAAAUGGACAUCCCAAAUACCUAUCAGGUCGAAGUCAUGUAUGAAGACGAACAUCUGAAAGAUUACUACACAUUAACGGAUAUAGCAUGUCUCUACACUUGGAGAAGGAAUGCCCCGUUGCCUCUGAAGUACCGAGUCCGACCCAACUGUAAGAAGAUGAAAGUUAGCCACGCACAGCAGGAAGGCCAGAACAGCGCGAGCAGAUCCGGCCCAGAGAGCGACUCGGCCAGCGACAAAGCCGCGAGUCCCACCGGGGCUCCGUCCACGUCCUCCUCACUGCCGAGCCCCGGCACGCCGGCUCAGUCCCCACACCCGCAGCUCCCGCACGGCCCCAAUAACGUCAACGGGACCCCAGCCGCUGCCCCUCCGACCCCCAGCCGGUCGUUCACCCAGUUCGGCAGCGGAAGCGGCGGGGGCAGCAAGCCCCGGAAGGUUUCUCUGAAUGGCUCGUCGACCUCCUCCGGAUGACGCGGGGCUCCGGACCGGACCGGACCAGCCAACGCCAGACACCCGCUCAGCUAAUACUGUUUUCAUGCCAAUGUAGUUCCAUUGUGUAGACAAUGUUAUCUCUCUUUCUCUCUCCAUUUGUUGUUAUAAAUAUUACGGCAUCAUAUGUAAGUUUAAACGUAGUGGAAUCAGAGACAUUUCAAAAUAAAAGGAAUGAGGAAGGUGGGUGGUGUGGGAAUUUUAAUGUGAAAGAAAGUUUUGAUGUUGAGGAAAAAAGAACGUUGGAAAGGAGAAGGGCAGGGCUUUACCCCAUUUUAAAACUAGGCUACAUCUUUAUUUUACUGAAGCAACUGAAGAUAGACUUUUAUAUUUUCUUUUACGUUUUUCAAAUUCAACGUGUUUAUCAUGAAUAUUUCAUGUGUGUUGGGAUAUUUUCAAACUGUCAGUUUAAACAUGCAUGCUCAUGAGAACACUUUUCUGUUAAGAAAGAGGAUUCCGCAUGUUUACCCUACAAGUCUCAUUUGGACGGGUUUUUGGAAGUGUUUCAGGUAUCAUUUUUGUUCCAAUGAAAGGAAAAUACAUUUGUAUAGCGCUGUUGGCUUCACGGAAAAAAUGCCUAUGGAGGAAAAAUCCACUUUACUUUGCCUUUUACUGGAAAAAUCAAACUUUCUUGUAGCUGCAGUGGAAUCGGAUUGCUUAUCAUCCACGCCGUUAGCACGUUAUAAGCAGUUUUAUAGAAUCCACCUGUAAAUAGAAACAAAGUGCAUAUUUAAUCAGCGAUGUUAUUCUCUUAUUCCCCUUUGUUUUGAAGGAAUGACUUGGGGUCCUAUUCAGCUCCAUUUCAUGCUCAAUUGAGAAAUGUUUUGAUGUCUCCCGUGUUUUCCGUAUUUGUAUCGCUCGAUUGUAUGGACAACCUAUUGUAUUGUUACUGUUGCACAGUAUAAAACAUCUAAAUAAAACAUUUUACACUUAUAGAAGAAGUUAGCUCCAUUAUGGUUUUGCGAUAGAAGACCAUCGGUCAGUCUGCUGCUCUGCGUGGUAUGAAUAAAGGGAAUAAUUCAAAGGGGCGGACGGAGUAAAGCGCCAGAUGUCCGUCUGACUCAACAGAUAACGGAUAACUAAGUUAAGGAGGCCAGCUCUGAUCAGCUUGGAGGAGGAGAUCUGACCCGUGAUCAAAUUAUAUUGCUGAAUACAUUCAAUUAAGAUAGAAGCCUUUAUGACUGUUUUGUACUGAUGAUUUAUCACAGGAGUAAUUGCAUUUCACUGCACCAAAAUGCAGCGGUUUUAAUGAAAGACUGAAAUAAAAAAAAAGACUUAAUUUGCCUACUACUCAA